AUGGUAUCAUCAACUGUCAAAAUAAAGCCGCAAACGGACUCUUUGAGUCCUGAAGGUCUUUCAGACCGAAGCGGCGAGGUCGUAGACCGUGAUAAAACAUUUACGAGGAAUUUUUGCUUAACAUCAAGUGAUUCGUUCAUCUCUGAUUGGAUUGAAUUUUUAUUUUCAACCUGUUCAUUAGUUGCUAAAUCAAAUAUUGAACAAUAUGAAGAAUUAAUGAAGCCGCAAACGGACCAAACGGCGGGGACUUUGUCCCAUACAUUAAAUGAAAAACAGAAGGAAGCAUUUAAAGAACUUCUAGAUGAGGAAUUCAAUAAAGUGAAUAUCAUAGGUUUUAAUUCGGGAAAGUUUGAUUUAAAUUUAAUUCUUCGUGAUUUAAACACUGCAAAAUGGAAAAUAAAAUCAAUGCUGGGUUCUUCUUCUCAAUUUAAGCAAAUCAUUGUAAAGAAAACAAACUGUCCAUAUGAAUUAAGAUUUAUUGACAUCAGAAAUUAUAUAGCGGGUGGAACAUUAGACCAAUUCACUCAAGAUUUCGGAAACAAUAAAUCACGUGUUAAAUCCUUUUUCCCUUAUCAAUUCAUCACAUGGGAGAAUUACGAAGAUGAAUUAUAUAAAGUGGAACCAUUCACUCAAGAUUCAUUUUAUUCAGCAUUAACUCAAGAAACAAUAUCCGAUUCAGAUUAUCAAAUAUAUCUCAAUGAUGCUAAAAAUUUUGAGAAUAGAUUAGAAUAUUUUAUUCAUUAUUGCAAUAAAGACGUUGAAAUUAUGAUUGACCCAAUUGAUAAAAUUAUUGAAGAAACAUUUGUUUAUAAAAUUGACAUGCUUCAUAAUCUUUCUUUAUCAUCGAAUGCAUCAAUGAUUCGUUACGCGUUAGCAUAUAAGAACUUCAAUCCUAACGAAACAUAUCCAGAAGAAGAAAAUGUGGAAUCAAGUUUUGAAUUAACAAAAAAGUAUUGGAAAUAUAAAAUUGAUUCAUAUAAGAAACAAGAUGAAAAAGCAGAAAGGGAUACUAAAAACAAUGUU